AUGCUGUCCUUGUUGUCUCGGCUGCUGGACUGGUUCCGUUCACUCUUCUGGAAGGAAGAGAUGGAGCUGACGCUGGUCGGGCUGCAGUACUUGGGCAAGACCACCUUUGUCAAUGUCAUCGCGUCAGGCCAGUUCAGUGAAGACAUGAUUCCUACAGUGGGCUUCAACAUGCGGAAAGUUACCAAGGGUAAUGUCACAAUAAAGAUUUGGGAUAUAGGAGGACAGCCACGAUUCCAAAGUAUGUGGGAAUGCUACUGCAGAGGAGUUAAUGCUAUUGUCUGUAUGGUAGAUGCAGCAGAUCGUGAGAAAAUAGAAACUUCUAGAAAUGAGUUGCCCAAUCUUCUAGACAAACCACAGCUACAAGGAAUUCCUGUUCUAUUACUUGGAAACAAAAGAGACCUUGUUAAUGCACUGGAUGAGAAGCAGCUUAUUGAAGAAAUGAACCUGGCUGCUAUUCAAGACAGAGAAAUCUGCUGCUACUCCAUUUCCUGCAAAGAAAAGGACAAUAUAGAUAUCACACUUCAGUGGCUUAUUUAGCACUCAAAGUCUCGAAGAAGCUGAAAACAUUCAUAUAGCUGCUCAUUUGGCCAUAUUCUCAAUUGUCUACUCCCUCCAUGAUGAAUUAUUAUCCAGGAUAGUCCUCCUGUGUCCAAGGAAUUGCCUUUUUUCACAGUUCAUGCCUCCAUAUAUGCACUGCUGAAUGACUUAUAAUCCUACUUCUG